AUGGCCACAGAACUCUGCCCCGUCUAUGCGCCCUUCUUCGGUGCGCUGGGUUGCACCUCAGCUAUCGUUUUCACCUGCUUCGGUGCUGCCUACGGUACCGCUAAGGCCGGUGUCGGUGUUUGCAGCAUGGCCGUCCUCCGCCCCGACCUGAUCGUUAAGAACAUUGUCCCCAUUGUCAUGGCUGGUAUCAUUGGUAUCUACGGUCUGGUCGUGUCGGUCUUGGUUGCCAACGACCUGACUCAGCAGCUCCCUCUGUACACUGGUUUUAUCCAGCUGGGUGCUGGUCUUGCUGUCGGUCUGGCUGGUCUGGCUGCUGGUUUUGCUAUUGGUAUUGUUGGUGAUGCUGGUGUUCGUGGAACUGCUCAGCAACCUCGUCUCUACGUUGGAAUGAUUUUGAUUCUCAUUUUCGCUGAAGUCUUGGGUCUUUACGGAUUGAUUGUCGCACUUCUCAUGAACUCUCGCUCCAAAGCUGUCUGCUAG